AUGGGAUCCACUAUUGAUGCCGCAAACAAGGGUGUAAAUGGAACCGCUAGUGCCAAGAAACCUACAGUUAUAUUUGUUCUUGGUGGUCCAGGAAGUGGGAAAGGUACACAGUGUGCCUAUAUCGUUGAACAUUUUGGUUACACACAUCUGAGUGCUGGAGACCUUCUUAGAGCUGAAAUCAAAUCUGGCUCUGAAAAUGGGACUAUGAUCCAGAAUAUGAUUAAAGAAGGGAAGAUUGUACCAUCUGAGGUAACAAUCAAGCUGCUGCAGAAAGCAAUUCAGGAUAAUGGGAAUGACAAGUUCCUCAUUGAUGGUUUCCCUCGCAAUGAGGAAAACCGAGCAGCAUUUGAAAAAGUUACUGAGAUUGAACCCAAGUUUGUCUUGUUCUUUGAUUGUCCUGAGGAAGAGAUGGAGAGGCGUCUGUUAGGCCGAAACCAGGGGAGAGAGGAUGACAAUAUUGAGACUAUAAGGAAGCGUUUCAAGGUGUUUCUUGAAUCUAGCUUACCAGUGAUUCAAUACUACGAAGCUAAGGGGAAAGUUAGGAAGAUUCAUGCCGCAAAGCCCAUUGAAGAUGUGUUUCAGGAGGUGAAGGCAGUCUUUACUCCUGAAGCGGAGAAGGUAAAACACAAUACUUGUGUGAUUCUCUAAACCUCUAGUAUUCAAAAAGGAAAUAAAAGAUUCCUCAUAGGAAUCACAUAAGUUGUACUGUAAUGUAGAAGCUUGUAACUAACUAAAGUUUGUCGGUCUGAAUCAUAAAUGCAUCAUGACUGUGCUGUAAAAGAUGAUAAAUAAUGCAUUUGCAUAAACUUUGAUGAUCCAACUUUCUUUUUCUCUUCGCAACUUCGUUAAUGAAUAGAGCAGUGCCAAAUAGCUUGGCACGGUAAUAAGCUAUAGAGGCCAAGUAGCUGCAGCUAUGAAUCCACUAUUUUAUUGGUAGAGAUCUUAUAUUAAACAAUUCUGUAAAUUGUCUUAUUUAAGGUUGAAGCCUAGGCUGCAGCAUCGUAAAGACAUGGAUAAACUGAUCAGGUAGCUGGGUGGUUGCAUCUUUACCGGGAAGU